UUUGAGUUUCUGUUGAUGCGUCUCUUUCUCCUGGAAAUGGAGCUCACCAUCUGAGGAAACUCAUCAAAGCUUUUUUCUCUAGUUACCUUUUGAGUUUCUGUCCUGAUCCAAUUACGAUGGGAUCAACAACGUUCCGUGAUCGCACGGCGGAGUUUCGUUCGCUCUCCCAGACGUUGAAGAAGAUCGGAGCGAUCCCGUAUUCCGUCCAUCAAGCCGAAAGCGAUCCAACAACAUCCUCCACCAAACGGUCGCCGCCGGGGGGAUCUUCGAGAUCCGAGUUCAACAAGAAGGCUUCCCAGAUCGGUCUGCGUAUCCACGAGACGUCUCAGAAGACCGCUAGGCUCGCUAAAUUGGGGAAAGAAUCGUCGAUUUUCAAUGACAGGACUCUGGAGAUACAGGAGCUAACCGUGUUGAUCAGGAACGACAUCACGGGGCUGAACAUGGCUCUCUCUGAUCUGCAGACACUUCAGAACAUGGAGAUCGCUGACGGGAGCAGCUAUUCGCACGACAAAGUCGGUCACUACACAGCUGUUUGCGAUGACUUGAAAACCAGGCUCAUGGGAGCUACAAAGCAAUUUCAGGACGUUCUAACCGCGAGAUCAGAGAACAUGAAGGCUCAUGAAAACAGGAAACAGCUCUUCUCCGCGAAAAACGCAGCGGUGGAUAAUAAUCAGAAUAAUGCAAAAGCUGUACCUGAGCCUCCUCCUUGGUCAAGCUCAUCAGUUCCUUCCGGGAAUUUGCAACAACAGCCACUAUUGCCGCAAGUAAAUACUGGAGCUCCUUCUGGUAGCCAGCUUAGACGCAGAUCUGCUAUCGAGAAUCCACCAUCGCAGCAAAUGGAGAUGUCUAUGUUACAGCAGACAGUCCCGAGGCAGGAGAACUAUAGCCAAAACAGAGCUGUUGCGCUUCACAGCGUGGAAUCAACGAUAACAGAGCUAAGUGGGAUAUUCACACAUCUAGCUACCAUGGUCACUCAACAGGGAGAGCUAGCUAUCAGAAUCGAUGACAAUAUGGAUGAAUCGUUAGUUAACGUAGAGGGAGCACGAAGCGCUCUUCUGCAGCAUCUCACUCGAAUUUCAUCGAAUAGAUGGCUCAUGAUCAAGAUUUUCGUUGUUAUCAUAUUGUUCCUCAUUGUUUUCCUAUUCUUCGUGGCUUGAAACAACAAUACCUUUAUAUCUUCCAUCUAUACAACAACACAUGUUAAGCUUGCAAGCUUCAAGAGUUCAAAAAGUUUAUAAAAAAAUUUCUACAAUAUUCAGUAUUGUAGAACAUGCA